GGGCGAGGAAGGGGCAUUUGCGCUGGGUCUGGGCGGGCGUACCUAGAGCCGGGCGGGCAGGGACCUCCGCGCAGCCGUCCGGUACCCGCGUGUCCCCUGCGCGGAAGGGACACCCCACCAAACCUCCCCGCCCCCUCCCCCUAGCUCCCCUCUCCGCCCCUCCCCCCUGCCUGCCUGUCUGCACCACCUUCCGCCCAGAUCGUCUCUAAAGGGAGUUCUUGGUUUCCUCCGAUUUCUUAUGAACCCAGGAUGGGCAGCAAGGAAGAUGUGGGCAAGGGGUGUCCAGCUGCCGGUGGCGUCUCCAGCUUCACCAUCCAGUCCAUCCUGGGCGGGGGCCCCUCCGAAGCACCGCGGGAGCCCGCCGGCUGGCCAGCCAGGAAGCGCAGCCUGUCGGUGUCCUCGGAGGAGGAGGAGCCGGACGACGGCUGGAAGGCGCCCGCUUGCUUCUGCCCAGACCCGCACGGCCCCAAGGAGCCAGGCCCCAAGCACCACCCCCACAUCCCUUUUCCUUGCCUGGGUACUCCUAAGGGCAGCGGAGGCGCAGGGCCGGCGAGCUCCGAGCGUUCGCCUUUUCUCUCUCCUUCGCAUCCGGACUUUAAAGAAGAGAAAGAGAGGCUCUUGCCGGCGGGCUCUCCCUCCCCGGGACCGGAGCGGCCGCGGGACGGCGGCGCCGAGCGGCAGGCGGGCGCGGCCAAGAAGAAGACGCGCACCGUCUUCUCGCGCAGCCAGGUGUACCAGCUCGAGUCCACCUUCGAUAUGAAGCGCUACCUGAGCAGCUCGGAGCGUGCGUGUCUCGCCUCCAGCUUGCAGCUCACCGAAACCCAGGUCAAGACUUGGUUCCAGAACCGCCGCAACAAGUGGAAGCGGCAGCUCUCGGCCGAGCUGGAGGCGGCCAACAUGGCGCACGCGUCCGCGCAGACUCUGGUGGGCAUGCCGCUGGUGUUCCGGGACAGCUCGCUGCUGCGCGUGCCGGUGCCACGCUCUCUCGCCUUCCCCGCGCCGCUCUAUUACCCCAGCAGCAACCUCUCGGCCUUACCGCUCUACAACCUCUACAACAAGCUCGACUACUGACCCACCUGCCCGCGCGCGCCCACUCUCCGGCUCGCCCGGGACCUCUUCGACUGCCCCGGAGCCCGGCGCGGGCUGCACCCUUCACAGACCUCCGGAGUAAAGCGACGUGAUUCCAGAAAUAUUAAGAAAUACACCAUGUGUAUUCAUUA